AUGCAUCUACUCUACUGUCUACUUCUUCUUGUUCUUUUUUCUUCAACAUUGAUUGAAUCUGCUCAACAAGAGAUAUUUCUAAAUGAAGAAACGCCAAUUGGCACAAUAAUAUUCGAUUUAAAUACAUUAUCACCAUCGUUAAUAACUUAUCAACUGUUAGAAAGUUCGUCGUUGCUUUCAUUUAAUUCAUCGACAAAUCUUAUAUCAAUUUCAAAACGUAUCGAUCGUGAUACACUGUGUCCCAAUGAUGAUACUUGUUCAAAAUGUCAAAUCACAAUAAAAUUCUAUGAUAUGUUUAAUUAUGAAAUUCUCCUACUAAUAUUUAACAUCAACGAUAUUAAUGAUAAUUCACCGAUAUUCAGUUCGAAUACGUAUUCAAUAUCGUUAACUGAAAAUAAUAUUCCUGGUAUAAAAAUUGGCUUAUCGAAAGGUGAAGAUAUUGAUUGCCGGGAUAAUGGCGUACAAUUAUAUGAAUUGACUUAUAUUCUCAAUGGUCACAUCGUAAUAUCAUCAAUAAAUCUUGUUCAUCAACAGAAUCAAACGCAAAAUCAACCAUUUUAUUUGCAAUAUGAUUCCAAUUCAGAAUUGUAUCUCAUUGUGAAUCAAACUCUCGAUCGGGAACUUCAACAUGAAUAUAUAUUUACUGUAACAGCUAAUGAUUAUUCUCAUACGGUAUCGUCAAAAUUAAUUUUAACCGUUCUUGACGUUAACGAUCAUACAGCACGCUUUUCUCAAUCGGUUUAUCCAGUCAAUAUUUCUCACUCGACACUUCCGGGUACGACUUUAAUUAAACUAACGGCCUACGAUCCAGAUCUAGAUCAUAAUGCACGUAUUUACUAUUCUCUAUUGACGAUCGAUGGAGCUAAUAAUAAAAAUGAUCUAUUUCAAAUUAAUUCUCAUACGGGUGAAUUACGUUUAUUAGCAAAUUUAAGUCAUUUUGAUUCGAAAAAAAUUUUCAAACUAAUUAUUGGCGCUUCCGAUGGUUCGAAUAAUGCAAUACCAGCUCUAACAACUGUCUACAUCAAUAUGAUACCACAAUCGAUUAUUUCAAUCACAUUCGGUUCCAAUCGAAUAUCGAAAAAUUCUUCGGAAGUUUUCAUUGAAGAAAAUCUACCGAAUGCAACAUUUAUUGCCUAUGUAACAUCGGAUGAAGAUCUUCAAGUCUUACCGGAACGUAAUAAUCGAGGUUUUUUUAUUCAAAAAUUAUCCGAAAACUCUCUAACAUUAUUAACCGAUCGAAGUUACGAUAGAGAAAUUCGUUCAUCAUACGACGUUCUAAUACGUAGUGGAACUAACGAACGAUCGUUUCGUAUCGUUGUUACUGAUGUUAAUGAUUUUCGACCCCAAUGGAAUUCAUCAUUAUUAAAUAUUAAUAUCGAAUCUCAAUUUAUGAUAUUAACAUUAAAUGCCAAAGAUGAAGAUGAAAAUCAAAAUGGAAAAGUCGGCUAUCGAAAAACAGGUUAUCCAUGGCCGACAUGGAUCGAUUUAGUUGAUAAUAAAUUAAUUAUUAAUUGUACAAAUGAAACAGAUAAUAGUUGUUGGCAAAAUUUAUUAAACGAUGAGCUAACAGUUGAUGUCGAAGCUUAUGAUCAUGGAAAACCUGAAUUAUCAUCAAUCAUAACCUUACGUUUAUAUCAUAGUUUAAGUCGAAAUUUAAUAAUUCGACCUGAAUAUAUUCUCAUUGGUGUCGGUAGUGUAUUAGGAGCAUUGUUUAUUUUAGUAGCAUUAAUUCUAUGUAUAUGCUGUCGAAGAAAAGAUCGAAAAUCGAAAAAUAUUAUUGAUGACAAUAAUCCACAACAGAAAAUUAUUCAAAUAUCAUCAUCAUCAGAACAAAGUUCAUCGGCAGAUUCACUUUACGGAUCAGAUAAAUCAGAUAAUAUUACACUUGAAACAGCAGCCAGUUGCCAUUUAGAUAUGUUUCUUUUUUCUCCGAAACGUGGAGUUAUAUUAACUGAUUUACCAUAUCAAUAUUCAUUUAUGAACAAACCAAUACAUCCGUCGGAUAAUCUAACUAAUAAACUGUUUCAUUCAAUACAAAACGACCUAUCGUUAUUAACCGAUGCCAAACAAGACAUUUUAACUAAACGCGGAACUUACGUUUAA